UGCGCUCUCCCACUGCGGACUUUUGCCCCUCCGACUUUUGAUAGUAGGUGGAGAUAAGCCAAACGCCAUCAGAGGAGAUCGGACAUGUUUUCACCGAAGUCGCCCAAAAGUCUGUCCAAAUAUGUCUCCAAGAGUAUCGGGGAGCAGAUUUGUAUGGUGGAGUGUGGCUGUAAACCGGACUACACCUGCAGCAGACAUCAGGAGAAUGGCUCUGACAUUGAGAAACAAGGCCUUGACAACUUGGCCUAUGAGUAUGGGAGCCAAAGUGAGCUAUACCCUCCACCCAAAACUGCCUCCAGAGCAACCUUCAAACUCCUGGGUCUCACCUCCGAGCACCAGGUCGAAUCUACCAAGAGCCGAAUCUCCAACCUGAGCGGAGUACUCGCCGUCCACUUGUCUUUACCCAGCACGUUGGCCAAAGUGGACUACGCAACCUCGCUUAUCACAACCAAAGAGAUUGCCCUGGAGCUCCAGAGCAUUGGAUACAAUGUGGAGUCAGCGGUGCAGAUCAGGGUGGACGGCAUGCACUGCCAGUCCUGUGUGCAAUCCAUCGAGGGACAGAUCAGCCCUGUAUCGGGGGUGUCACACAUUCAGGUGUCUCUUAAAGACGGUGCGACUCUGAUUAUAUAUCAGCCGCUUCUAGUCACACAACAGGAGCUCAGAGACAAGAUUGAGGAUAUGGGAUUUGAUGCAGCUUUAUUAACCGAUGAUCCAUCCGGAGAAGUUAUAAACCGCUGGGAGAGGGACGCACUGAAUGUGUCAAUCCAGACUAUAACCAUUUGGAUUGUAGGGAUGACUUGCAACUCUUGUGUGCAGUCCAUAGAAGGGAAGAUCUCUCAGAUGACAGGGGUGCUAUCCAUCGUUGUGUCACUGGAGGAGGAAAAGGGAACGAUAACCUUUGACCUCGGACUCACGGAGCCGGAACAGCUCAGGGCAGCUAUCGAGGACAUGGGCUUCGAAGCAUCACUCCAAGAGCCUGCAUCUCCAAAGAGUGAAAAUGAAAAGUCCAGGCCUGUCAUCUCUGGACCUUCUGACCCCUCUGCCUCACAAUCACCCAGUAAGGCGGGAGUAAGCAACGGCACUGGAUCACAGGCGGCCUCUGAAAGCUAUCUUUCCAACUCGCCUGAGAUUAAAGUACAAAAAUGCUUCGUUUGCGUAACGGGAAUGACCUGUGCUUCAUGUGUGGCGAACAUCGAGAGGAACCUGCUCAAACACAAGGGAAUUAUCUCAGUGUUGGUGUCACUCAUGGCUGGAAAGGCGGAGGUGAAGUAUGAUUCAGAUCUAAUGGAUGCUGUAGCUGUGACGCAGCUCAUAGAAGACUUAGGUUUUGGCGCCAAACUGAUUGAGGACAACGAAGUAACAAAUGGGAAACUAGAUCUUACUAUAACGGGCAUGACAUGUGCGUCAUGUGUCCACAACAUUGAGUCCAAGCUCACCACAACCAAAGGGAUCCUCAGGGCAUCAGUCGCCUUGGCAACCAAAAAAGCACAGAUCCAGUUUGACCCGGAAGUGAUCGGAGCUCGAGAUAUUAUCAAGAUCAUUCAGAGCCUCGGCUUCGAAGCCAGUCUGGUGAAAGAGGGCUUCAAAAACAACCUGGAUCACACGGAAGAGAUUCGACAGUGGAAGAACUCGUUCCUGUUCAGCCUUGUCUUCGGCGUGCCUGUCAUGGGUCUCAUGAUCUACAUGAUGGUGAUGGACAGUCAGCAUCAGGAACACGGAGGCUCCAUGCCAGAGGAGCAGAACCUGCUGCCCGGUCUCUCCCUCUUAAAUCUGGCCUUCUUCUUGCUCUGCACACCGGUUCAGAUCUUCGGAGGCCGAUACUUCUACAUCCAGGCGUAUCGUUCGUUGAAGCACCGCACGGCCAACAUGGACGUGCUGAUCGUGUUAGCCACCUCCAUCGCCUACGUCUACUCCUGCGUGGUCCUUAUUGUCGCCAUGGCAGAGCGAGCCAGCCAGAGCCCCGUCACGUUCUUCGACACUCCGCCUAUGCUCUUUGUGUUCAUCGCUCUCGGACGAUGGCUGGAGCACAUCGCAAAGAGUAAAACCUCAGAGGCUCUGGCCAAGUUAAUGUCACUUCAAGCCACAGAUGCCACUGUGGUAACUUUGGGACCUGACCACUCCAUCAUCAGUGAGGAGCAGGUGGUGGUGGAGCUGGUGCAGAGGAGCGACAUUGUGAGAGUCGCCCCAGGAGGAAAGUUCCCCGUCGAUGGGAAAGUGAUUGAGGGAAGCUCCAUGGCAGAUGAGUCCUUGAUCACAGGUGAGCCGAUGCCGGUCAGUAAGAAGGUGGGCAGCCUGGUGAUCGCUGGCACCAUCAACGCUCACGGGGCUCUGCUGGUGGAGGCGACGCAUGUGGGAGCAGACACCACCCUGUCCCAAAUAGUCAAACUGGUAGAAGAAGCCCAGACCUCGAAGGCUCCCAUCCAGCAGUUUGCAGACAGGCUCAGCGGAUACUUUGUGCCCUUCAUAGUUAUCGUCUCUCUGCUAACUCUGUUGGCAUGGCUGGCGAUCGGCUUUGUCAACUUUAACAUCGUGAAGGACAACUUCCCGGGUUAUAACACCAACAUCUCCAAGGCGGAAGUCAUCGUCCGCUUUGCCUUCCAGGCGUCCAUCACUGUUCUGUCCAUCGCCUGCCCCUGCUCUCUGGGGCUGGCGACCCCGACAGCUGUCAUGGUGGGAACAGGGGUCGGAGCUCAGAACGGGAUCCUCAUCAAAGGAGGCGAGCCGCUGGAGAUGGCCCACAAGAUCGGUGUUGUGAUGUUUGAUAAGACCGGUACGAUUACCAACGGCGUCCCUCGGGUGACGCGUGUGUUGGUGUUAUGGGAAAUGGCUCGUAUGCCCCUGAGAAAGAUCCUGGCGGUGGUCGGCACAGCGGAGGCCAGCAGCGAGCACCCUCUGGGGAUGGCGGUCGCCAAACACUGCAAAGAGGAGCUGGGCUCUGAGGUGCUGGGCUACUGCCAGGACUUCCAGGCGGUGCCGGGCUGCGGGAUCAGCUGCCGGGUGUCCAACGUGGAACAUCUGCUGCAGCAGCAGAGUGAAGACUGCAUCCUGUUGCCGGGAGCAACCACAGACGAAAGCAGCCUGCUGUCUCCUGCCGAGGCCCCGUCUACAGGUGAGAACUUAUCUUACUCUGUCCUGAUUGGGAAUCGAGAGUGGAUGAGGAGGAACGGCCAUCACAUCGGAGCAGACGUUGAUGCUGCCAUGUCCAGCCACGAGACAAAAGGGCAGACUUCUAUCCUGGUUGCUAUAGAUGGUGUUUUGUGCGCCAUGCUAGCCAUCGCAGACACAGUGAAAGCAGAGUCGGCGUUAGCGGUGCACACACUCAACAGCAUGGGCAUCGAGGUUGUCAUGAUAACAGGAGACAACAGACGCACAGCCAAAGCCAUAGCAGCACAGGUGGGGAUCAGGAAAGUGUUUGCAGAGGUGCUGCCCUCACAUAAGGUUGCAAAAGUGCAGGAGCUGCAGGAAAAAGGCCUGAGAGUGACCAUGGUGGGAGACGGGGUCAACGACUCGCCCGCCCUAGCCCGGGCUGACGUCGGCAUCGCCAUCGGCACGGGCACAGAUGUGGCUAUUGAAGCAGCGGAUAUCGUCCUCAUCAGAAAUGACCUCCUGGAUGUGGUGGCCAGUAUUGAGCUGUCCAAGAAGACAGUGCGGAGGAUAAGGAUCAACUUUUUCUUCGCUCUCAUCUACAACCUUGUAGGAAUACCCAUCGCUGCAGGUGUGUUCAUGCCGUUCGGCCUCGUGCUGCAGCCCUGGAUGGGCUCAGCUGCGAUGGCUGUCUCGUCGGUUUCAGUGGUCCUGUCUUCUUUACUGCUGAGAACGUUUAAGAAGACCUCAGUGGAGCUGUAUGAGGUGCGUGCGAGAGGCCAAAUGAGGAGCCUCCGAUCGUCUCAGAUCAGCACACAUCUGGGGCUCGACGGCCGGCGGCGGAGUCCUGCUCUCCCCACCAGACCUCGGGAGCUGAGCCAGAGCAACGCAGCGGCACCGCCCGCCUUGUCCAGCCAGGGAGCAUCCAUUAAACCUGUCCAGGAGCAGGACCGCUACUCCCUCCUGGACCACCAGACUGCAGAUCUUAAUGUAUAAUGAAUGGAAAAGGGAACAGAGACAUCACACAGAUUCUGCCUGGUUCUCAUGUUAAGAACUGAGGCUCUUUGUGUAAUAUUUCUAUGUAUUUAUGUAAAUAGACAAAGCUGAAACUUAAAAGUGCUCUUUUAUUUUUACACUUACUGCACUUUUACCUUUAGUUCAGUCACCAUGAUCUGUCACUUUCCUCUGGGGAAUGUCUAAAAAUCAAGCUGCUAAGUGAAGUUUCGACCAAGAUAUUACUAUUAUUUGUUUAUUUUUUCCUUUUUCAUACCUGCUGACAGAAGUCACACACUGUAAAUCAAACUUGCAAUGUCAAAUAGGUCUGCUUCUCUUGAGAAACUUCUGUCCAAAUGCACUUUUAAAUUGAUAUUUAUCAACCUGGACCCUGUGUUCCCAUCAUUUUGUGUCUAAGUGACUACUGGGGACAACAACUUUUGAAGAAUUGGUACAGUAUUGAACACACUGAGCAGAAAAAGGCUUUUAUUUCUCUGUAGGGUCCUUUCCAUAACAUUGUCAGACACUUAUAAUAAUAAUCUGAGCCUGUCAGCGGCAAAUACAAGGACUUUUUGUACUUUGACAGAGCGCUAUUGGCCCAUUGGAUUACAUUGUGGCUGCUGGCUGCAGCACUCUCGCUCAAUACAGGACCAAUUUAAAAAAUUGAUGUCCCCAUUAGUCUCUUAGACACAAAAAGAUGGGGAAAUAGGCUCCAGGUUGAGAACUAAGAAAGUUUCCCUUUAAGUAAAGAUGUCGGUUUGGAUGAGUGUUGGCUUGAGGCUAAACUGUCAAAGUCUAACGUCAUAAAUAAUUCAUGGAAAAAUCAACAAAAUAAUCAACAUGCUGUGUUUACAUCUUGAUUCUCCUCCCGCCUGUUUCAUCCGACCUUCCUGAUUUUGUGCCCUGAUUGGAAAUUUGCCCGUCCUUGGCUCGAUAAGAGAGACACUUUUUUUUUUAUCUUGCUGUGUUUAAGAUUCUUUAUUGCUUAGAUUUUUUUCCCCCUUCCAAGCAAAGCUACUGAGGUGUUCAUGUUAAAUACAGAAGUGAAGAAGACGAAGCUGAGUCUCAGAUCUUCUGGACUUUUCUUUCCCGGUGUAUUUUGAGCUGUGCCCGAGGAUAAUUAAUGCAGCAGAUUAAUCAAAUUACCUCAUCCCUGCACAGAAAGAGACAGUUCUUCAUUGUGUUGAGCUGAAUGAUAAGUGCAUAGAUAUAAAUAUAGUCUUUAUGGAUAGAAAUAUUGUCUCACAUUCAGGCAUGUCAUGGCAGGAGAAGCACAGGUGUGAUCAAUAACGGUAACGAACUGCAGGCUUCAUUAAUUGUUAUUAAUGACACCUGUGCUUUUUCUGCUAAGACAAGCCAAAUGUAUCUUAAUAUUUGCCUGUAUAAUUGACUUCAGACAGCAGAAACAUGGAUUUUGUCACAUUAGACGGCAUGUAAGUGAUGUUAUAGGCCGCCUAUUCAAACUGUUUGUCCUCUCUGUCCUCGUCUGUUAUUUUUUAAAAGACACAAAAGGAGCUGUGAAGUAUUUAGUUUGACACACACUGACCCCUUCAGCCUUUUUGUGUCGAGUCAUGCAACUGUUUUGUCAGCUAGUUGUAUAGGUCUGUGAAUUCCUCCUGUGUUGGUACUGGAGUAUAUUAUAUUGCUUCUGUCUUUAUGGUAGAUAAGCUUCUGUUCCAGUGUGGGAUGUGCCUGUGAAUAUGAUGUUGUUGAUGCUGUUUUGACAAAAGCUCAAAAGUUUGGGGUAGCCACAGGUUUUUAGAGCUUUCCUUUUGUGUAUUACUCAGUUAUGUGGUGACAUAUUCUACUAAUCUACAAACUUGUAUUGAAGCGGGUAGUGGGAGUCAAAGAGUAAUAUCAGUAAAUCAGAACAAAGGCUGCCACUAAUGAUUAUUUUCUUAAUUAGGGGUUGGGUUGUUUCCCGAAGCCAAAGAUAUAACCUAAAAUGUCCCAAACUGUCAAACAACCCAAAUACAAUCUGAAAAUAUUCACAUUUAAUAAUUGGUAAGUCAAGAAUUUUGCCAUCUUUCCUUUUGAAAAAGGCUCAAAAGUCUUGUGAUUUCCAGAUAUCCUGUGACGUGGAUGACGGAUGACUGAUAUUCUGCAGACGUGAUCUUUCUGUUCUGUUGCCACAAUCAUCAUUUCAUUCAGGCAAGGCAAGGCAAGGCAAGGCAAGGCAGUUUUAUUUAUAUAGUGCAUUUCAUACACAAUGGCAACUCAAUGUGCUUUAUAUAAAACAGAAAAACAUGUAAUUUGAGAAACAUUAAAACAUACAAUUAACCUCCCUC